CCAGACAGUCAUUGUUCGGUGCCCGUUGGCACUAUCUGUCCUGCCGUCCUGACAAAAUAAUUUUGUUACCGUUUGCAGUGUUGUGUUGUAUUAGCUUGUACGCAAAAACCACGACAGACCCGGAUCGACGUUUUUCUGCAGAGUUGUUAUGUUUUUAUAAAAAUAUUGUCACUUUGAUUUUUGUUUUGCUUAACUGACAAUAGAUAUACACUGAUUCGGCGGUUUUCGCAAAGGAGUAUUUAAACCUUUCAAACAAGUUACCGUGUGACGCAAUGGUACGGAGAUAUAGCCGCUGAUAUAUACAUAUAUAGUAGACCCGUGUGAGCCUGUACGCCGAUAAAAGUAGAUUUUAUCAUAUUGUCACCGUACCGAUCGAGGAGUUCAACGGACGUCAAUCAGUUAUCUCUGCCGUGGCGUUCGACGGCACCCGCACGGUUUUCGAAAAGGGAUAUUAACACGGCUGUGUGUAGAUCAUCAGGCGGCGGACGGACCACCCGGACAUGCAAAACCAAAAACCGCGAAAGUACUACAAGGCCAAUAUAGCCUCUCUGAGCCUGACCUCGGCCACUUUGGUCAACGAAAACGGGUUGGACGACGCCAAAGAUGUGGACGUGAAAUGGCCUUGUCUGGAAGGGCACAGCACAGGAGGCGCUUCGAGCACGGAGACGUCGUCCACCACGUCCAGAGACGGUUCGUCGAACGCUUCCCAGCAACAGAUGAGAAGACCGUUCUGCACCAUAGGAAAUUCAUUUUUCAUAUUCUCAGCGUUAGUUAUAUUCUUUGUGGGCAGCAUUACGAUUGUAUAUACUCCAUUUGAUAUUUUAAUGAAUGAGAGACUGAAAAUGGUGAGGGGUCUACCAGCUUACGAAUGGUGGAAAAAUCCUCCCGAUGAGGUAUUGCUCAGAGUUUAUUUAUUCAACGUGACCAACAGUGAAAGGUUUGAAAGUGGUCUUGAUAGCAAACUCGAGUUGAACGAAAUCGGUCCAAUAGUUUUCAGAGAACUGUUGCGGCAUAGUGACGUGAGAUUCAACGACAACGGUACAAUGACUUACAUGGCCACCAGGACUGCUAUGUUUUUGCCUGAAAUGACCGAUGUCGACUUGAACGCUCACUUAAUCCUACCCAAUUUUGCAGCGUUGGGAAUGGCUUCGUAUUUGUGGGAUGCUUCGACUUUCACUAAGUAUGGUUUUACUCUUAUGAUGAAAAUGCUGGACACGAAAAUGUUCAUUAAAACUACUGUGGAUGAUUGUUUAUGGAAUUUGACUGAUCCGCUAGUCCAAAAAGCAAAAACUAUGAUGCCCAGCUUAGUUCCCGAAGAAAACAUGGGAAUAUUGCACCAGAUCUACAACAAAUUUACAGAUGAAGUGACCGUGUACAUGGGACCGGAAAAUGGGCGAAGGUUUUUCACGGUAGACAAUUACAACGGAAGACAGAAUCUAGGGCUUUGGGACGAUGCACAUUGCGACAGUGUACAGGGUGCGACGGAAGGCGUUACAUACCACCAGUUUAUAUCGAAGAACGAUACGUUAAAGUACUUACGAAAAACCAUGUGCCGAGUAACACCUCUUAGAUACAAAAAUGAGGUGGCCAAAUCGGGCAUGACCAUGUACAAGUUUGUUUUGCCGCACAACGUGUUCUCACACCCGCAAACCGACCCAACCCUAGAAGACUGUUUCAACAACCCUAAAUCGUUUCCUUUACUAUCAGGUCUGUCGGACGUAUCACCUUGCUAUUACGAUUUUCCUAUAGCCGCUUCUUUCCCUCACUUCCUCAACGGCGACCCAGCGCUUCGGGAAAACCUUUCUGGUCUAAAUCCUACCGAAGAAAAACACGGAUCAUACUUGAUCGUCGAGCCCCUAACGGGGGUACCGUUUGAGAGCAGAGCCAGAAGCCAAAGCAAUCUAGUCGUGCGCCCUGUCAAUGGGUUCACUAACGUCGACAAAUUCAGCAACAUGACCAUACCUAUGUUUUGGGCAGAAUAUAACCAAGUGGGCUUGCCUUGGUAUAUUACUAGCCUGAUGUACUUCACGGUCAUCGUUUUGCCGUACACGCAAACCUUUGGAAGUAUUACUAUGAUGGUAAUCGGACUCGCUAUGGUCGGCAAGUCGAUCCUUAACGCGGCGACCGGCUACAAAAAACCAUUGUACUCUUAUAGUUCUUUAGAUCUCUUGCCGUCGAUUUAAAUAUAAUUUUUAAUGCCCUUAUUUUAUAAAUAUUAUUGCUAGUUAACUUUGUAUUUAACUAUUACGUACCUAUAAUUUGUAAGUUAUACAAAUGUAUUUUAUAUUAUUUUUUAAGUGUUAUAUAUAUAUACAAAUCUAAUAUAUUAUUCGUCAUAUUCAUCAAUAUUUACUCAUCAACUGUAUUCUAAGAUCAAAAAUGUAUUUA